AUGCUGGUAGUUGGUAAGAAGAAAAGGCAUUCGUCUCUGAGCUACGAGAGCUUGGUUUUCCAUGAUCAAUCAGAUAAUUUAACCAUGAUGACCUCAACCUUGCCUAUUCAAGAAGACACCUACCUUUGUGAGACUACUCUAGCACAGCAGGAGGCAGAACAAGAUACUAGAGACGUUUACGAGCAAUUAAUAGAACAACUGCAUGGUUCUGUUACCGAUGCACCGCUCAACGUGGACCGGCACCUCUCAUAUAUCGAGAAAUACCUCAAUAAACCACUCCCCGGACCAUUCUAUGUGCUAGACUCCAACCAUUCAUGGAUGAUUUACUGGCUUUUGAAUGCUCACAGUGUUCUUAGUGGAGAGGAUGUGUCGGCUGAGAUGCGGACCCGGGCAUCGGCGUCGCUUCGGCCACUUAUAAUAGAUAAUGGUAAGGGAGGAAUUGCUGGAGGACCCAAUGGCCAAAUCGGCCAUGUGGCACUGACAUAUGCGGCCGUUUUGGCAUUAGCACUCAUUGAGGACUACGACACUUUGUCAGAAAUCAGAGAAAACUUAUAUGGAUGGCUACUCUCGUUGAAACAUCACGAUGGAUCGUUCGCAAUGCACUUGGGAGGAGAACGAGACACUCGAUCUACGUAUUGCGUUCUACUUGUAGCAUCACUCUUGGAUAUUACUACCCCACAAUUGGUGGAAAAUUCACAGCGCUGGAUCCUUUCGUGCCAGACAUUUGAAGGAGGAUUUGCUGGAGUUCCAAAUGCCGAAGCUCAUGGAGGUUAUACAUUCUGUGCCUUAGCCUCUCUCUUUCUAUUGGGCGAUAUUGGAACUUUAGAUGUGGAUCUUUUAGCCAGUUGGCUUGCUGCUCGCCAGCUUCAGGUGGAAGGAGGAUUCUCUGGACGAACUAAUAAGUUGGUGGAUGCAUGCUACUCAUUUUGGGUGGGUGCUUCUCUCUGUCUAGUGGAGUGUCUUUGUGAUCAAAUUGACUUGUUCAAUCGGGAUUCGCUCCGGUCGUACAUACUUAACUGCUGCCAGGAAGAGUCUGGAGGCUUGAGAGACAAGAUUGGCAAGAGUCCUGACUUUUAUCAUACUAAUUAUACCUUGUGUGGGCUUAGUCUUGCAGAGCACAAAACCACGAGCGACAAGGUGGAUGCUUACAGUUUUCAGACGCUUGACCGUACUGAAGGAUGUGCCUAUACUGUAGGUAUCAAUCCAGUUUUCGGGUUACCUGUAGGUACUGCUGAAAAGUGUAAGAGUCAUUUCAGAGGCCAGUCAGAGUAG